UGACAGCCAUUUUUUUUCAGAGAGCACAGAUUAGUUCAGGUGUGUCUUGGCUUAACCAUUAAACCCUGGCUUUAUCCAGUUAAAUCCUCUGCCGACCUCUUUAGAUCGGUGAAUGCUGGGACCUUGGCCUGAGCUUUUACAGCAUUGUGUUAUUCUGCUUUUUGUUUUCUGGGAAAAAUGUUGGAAAAGAUCUUGCUCCUGCUCAGUUUGUCAUUUUCUGUGGCGGAAGAGCUCUGUAAACCAGGUGUUGGAGAAGCCUACAAAGUUCGAUUCAGCAUCAAAACCGCACUGGGAGAUCAAGCUUAUCCCUGGAACAAAAAUGAAAUGUUCCUUUUCCGGGCAGCUCUGGCUUUUGCCAUGAGGGAUUACACUAACGGAGAAGAAUUUGGGGUUUCAGACAUCCAUCCGUGUAACGAGACUCAGAGAGUGUCCUUCUGGUUUGUGGUGACGAGGCCGAACACCAUGGAUCUUGUUGAUAAAGGAACUGUGGAGAUGGCUAUAAAAAAGUCGAGAAAUCGCAUCAACGGUGCUUUUCUGCUAACAGAUCAAACUCUGGAGUUCGAUGGCAUCUAUCCCACUCUGACAGCACCGGUGUCCCCUGACACCCCUCCGUGGCUCAUUGUCUUUGGGGUGGUCAUGGGUGCAGUUAGCGUCGGCAUCAUUGCCCUGCUUGUGUAUCCUCUGGUCCAAAGAAAACUGAAGAAAAACAAGGAUGCAGAUGACGAGGACAGUGACGAAGAGACAGGGGUGAAAACGGCUGAAAACGGUGCAAAUGAUGGUAUUUAUAACUCGACGUUCUCGGACGAUGAGCGAUUCACGCAGAUGUAAAGCGCUCUUAUAAAAAACACUCUGCCGUGCAACAGUGUGAAAAAUAAUGUGAUUUUCUUUGAAGUUUCUAAUUUAAUUCAUUUCAGUUUUGACAUGUGAAUUUGCUGGGCCUUUCAAUACAAUAAUCACAUGCUGCCUUAAAUAAAUAGUGUUUCACACUAUUUAACUGCCGUUUUACAAAUAAAUGUGUGUUUUUUUUCCCUCAACCAAAGUGUUGAAGGAUGAUUUAUCAAAGAUCUCUGUAUGACAGGGUGUGUUAAGAUAUUUUGCCAAAGUGUGGUCUAUAUACUAACCAUUUAAAACCAGUCAAAUGGUCCCAUUUAUGAAGAAGGCCCAUUCCUACAUUUGUAAGUCUAGGAGGCCUGGCUUUAUGAUGACCUUUGAAGGAAUUUAAUAAAAUACUCUGUUAAAACACUCACGGUUCCUUAUCUGCACUCUGUGUUGGUACAAAGUUUCAAGAUUAUGUGUGAACAGGUGUUUAAACUGCAAUGUUUGACUUGCUGUAUUCUGCCUCCCUGCAGAGCAUUUGGAGAAAAGUAACAGGGCAUUUCCCUCAAAUGAUUUAACACCGGUGACCUUUCACAGGGAGUAAAGUGUUACCAGUAAUUCUGGUAAAGAGUCUGGUCAUAUUACUGGUAUUUCCGAGUAACAUAAAAGACAUUAUUAAAGAGAGCGAUGUGACACUCUGUAGAUUUUUCUUCAGGGUUCUUAGAGUUCUGUAAAGAUGUUGAAUAUCCCACUCCUCUCACCAAAGAGCCAAUCAACAGCUAAACCUAGAAACAUACGAGCCAAUCAUGAUGCAGCAUUGACUCAGUAGCACUUGACAGCUCUGUGCUGGCAGGUAAAUCCACUUGUUAAUGAAAUUGUAGCUUGUAUGCAGCUGCAGUCGUUCGGUGCUCUCAUGGGAUCAGCAGAGAUGAUGAUUUUGUUGGCACUUGUUGGAUUAAGACUAAUAAAGUCUUAAUGCUGCUGAACUUUCACUGAUGCUGAAAAAAGAGCUUUAUAGCUUAUCUGGUGCAAAUUCACCAAACAUUUUGAACAUUUU